AUGAAGUUGAUGCAAUAUUCAGGCUGCGAUGGCGCCCCACCCCGAAAAGAGCAUGGAGUUUGUCGCCGUGUCGCACUCGUACGCGGCACGCCUCUGAACGCCGCAGCGAAGGGAUACUCGGUGACGGAGCGCGCGGCGCAGCAUCAGAAGGGAGACGUUGUCGACGCUGCUGACUGGCUGACGGUGGCCAACGGAAAGGCAAAGGCUGCUUUCCACGGGCCGGAAAUGGCAGAAGACGAGGCCGACCAGUACCUGGCGUCGCUGCUGCCGCAGUCGCUACAGUCGCUGACAGGCGGGCCCUCGGUGGGUGUGGAAGAGAUAACUGUCCCCAUAUACUACAUCCUGUGCGAGAAAGACCAGACGAUUUCUCCAGCAACGCAGCAGGCCAUGAUCUCGACGAUUCCAUCGCUCAAGAGGGUACUGCGCAAUCCCGGUGGCCACGCAGCAUGCGUGACAGAGGUAGAGAAGCUUGUGAAGCCGAUUAUCGAGAUUGCAGAUGAGGUUGAGAAAGAGCCAAAGGUGUGA